UACAUAUACACAACACAGCUGUUCUAGUGUUACUGAAGAUACAUAGGGAAGAAAGUCACUGUUGUCGCUAUGUCACGUGUCAUUAACCUGCCUAUUUACACCGUGGACGCCUUCACCGACGUCGUGUUCAAAGGCAACCCAGCGGCUGUCUGUCCGCUGUCAGACGACACAUUGUGUGAUGAAGUUCUUCAGAAGAUUGCUGCGGAAAUGAACCUGUCGGAAACGGCCUUCAUUAGACUUCUCGACCAGGGCGACACAUUCGAGAAAAGUGCUACUUUCGGAUUGAGAUGGUUUACCCCGGCUACUGAAGUGAAACUGUGUGGACAUGCUACGUUAGCUUCGGCCGCCAUUCUUUUUAACAAACUAGGUAAUCAGUCGGAUAAAAUCGUCUUCAAAACUCUGAGUGGAGACCUUAUUGUUGGAAGGGAUGGAGACUGGGUGGUCAUGGACUUCCCUCUUGGAAGAACAGUCAGCCAUAGUAAGGACAAGUAUGGCGCUUUGAUCAAGAGUCUUGGAGAUAUUCCUGGAGUUGAAGACCUGGUGUACUGUAAAUCGCUGAGAUAUUUGUUAAUAAGACUCAAAGAUGGCUGGUCAAGAUGUCAGUUUGAAGACUGGACACCGGACAUUAAUCAGAUGCAGCCAUCGACCGAUGACCUGUUUGUGUUAAUUGUAACCACUCGGGCUCUGCUGGUCAGGGUUUCCAGGACAAUAAAGGGAAAGAGUAUGACUUUGUUUCCAGGGUGUUUGGUCCAUGGGCAGGUAUUCCUGAAGACCCCGUUACGGGCUCAGCUCAAACAGUUCUGGCUGACUACUGGUCUAAGGAGUGUGGCAAAACCGAAUUUUUCACUCGCCAGUGUUCAAGACGUGCUGGAGAAAUCGGUAUUCGCCUCAAGGGAGAUCGCGUGGAAAUCCGCGGUAAAAUAGUCACAGUGCUGGACGGGUCCUUGUGUCUUUCAUUGGCUGAUUGAUACACCAUCCACCAAUCAAACGCAUCAACGUUCAAAGUGCACUUCAUUUUAUUUCAACUUAUUUUCGUGCUUAUAUCCAAUUAAGGUUCAAGCACGCUGUCCUGGGCACACACACCUCAGCUAUCUGGGCCGUCUGUCCAGAACAGUGGGUUAGUUGUUAGUUGGUUAGUGAUUAGUGAGAGAGAAGAGGGUGUAGUGGCCUUACACCUACCUACCCAGUGAGCCCUAAAGAACUCGCUCUGGGUUGGAGCCGGUACCGAGCUGCGAACAAGUUAAAUUAAUUUGCUUGUACAGUCACAUAAUUUUUUUUUUUUAAUUGAAUAAAUGUAAAAGCGGUCA